ACUGUGUAUUCAUGUGCUUUGGUAUUUUUUUUGUCCUAUAUUCUUAAACCUAGGUUUCAGCUUGAAGGAACUAUUUUCGUUUCUUUGCACUAUUAUUUUCUUCAUUUCAAAUUUAUGGAAGAUCAAGCUCCGGACCCUAAUGGUCCGAGCCAUGGUUCAGAGAGAAGUGAACCAGUAAGGUCAAGAUGGACACCAAAACCAGAACAAAUCCUCAUACUAGAGUCCAUCUUCAAUAGUGGCAUGGUUAACCCUCCUAAAGAUGAAACUGUGAGAAUAAGGAAGCUGCUUGAGAAAUUCGGGUCUGUUGGUGAUGCUAAUGUCUUUUACUGGUUCCAAAACCGACGUUCGAGGUCUCGUCGCCGGCAACGACAACAGCUGUUAGCUGCUGGUGUACGAGAACAAAGGAAUAACCAAUCAGAAAUACUCGGUAACGGUGGUGGCGGCGGUGCAAUUCAGUAUGAAAAUAAUGAGGUUUCUAUGGGGUUUGCAAAUUCUCCUCCAAACUUUGCUUCUUUCCUAAUUGGUCCUUCUUCUUCAUAUGGUGUUAUGAAUGAUGAUGGAAUGGGAAAUCUUCUCUCAAUGUCCUCUCAAAUGGGGUUUCAAGGAAAUGGAGAAAGCUCAAACAUUACAUCAGUUUUAUGCCCUUCAGAAACUUCAAAUUUGCAGUAUCAAUCUGGGUUCAUCACAGUGUUCAUCAAUGGAGUCCCAACAGAAGUUCCAAGGGGUCCACUUGACAUUAAAGCUAUGUUUGGUGAAGAUGUAAUGUUGGUCCACUCUUCUGGUUUGCCUCUUCCCAUGAAUGACUUUGGUUUUUUGCUUGAGAGUUUGCUCCACGGUGAAAGCUAUUUCCUUGUAAGUUCAUUUGGAACAUAAAGUAUUUUUUUUCUCUAGGUUAAAAUGUGUCACAAGUCCUUCUACUCUUCACAGUUUUGGAAUUUAGUCCCUAUACUUUUAUUUCUAGGGAUUUAGUCUUUUUAUUUUCCAGAUUUCAAAAUUCAGGUUCAAUUGUUAAUACUAUUGCUCUUUUUUUGUUAAAUAUAUUGGUGUGACAUUUUGAAAGAUUUAAAAAAUACUAAUUUAGUAGUCAUGUAACUAAAAAAAUGUGUUGUAAUGAACUUGAAUUUAACAAAAUAGUUUUAACACUAUUAACAAUUGUACCUGAAUUUUGAAAUAUGAGAAGUAAAAAGAUUGAAUUUCAAAAUUUUCAAAAAAGUACAGGGAUUUAUGGUGUAUUUGAACUUUUUUCUUUAUUAUAUAGACACCCUUUUAGAACAUUAUGAUGGGAAUUUAAAAAAGUGUAUGUAGUUUUAAUUAUUUCAUGUUGUUUAGGUCUCACCAUUAAGUAAAUGAUAAUUUUGUUACCAUAAAAAAAGCAUGAUGAAAUUAAUUCUAAUACCAUAGGCUAAGGACUUACAUGGUAGAGUGGUAAAUUAAUCUUUUCACCCUAUAUCUAUUCAUUUCAUGUGUUUUUACCCUAUCAAGCACAAAGUAAAAGUGAGAUAUUUGGCAAUUACAUAAAAGAAUAUACAUAUGCUUGAUUAUUACAGGUUUCAAGAACAAGUUGAAGAGGAAAUAAAGUUGGAAACUAGUGGGAGAAAUUUAUGAUAAAUAUGGCAUGCUAUGCAACAAAGAGUUACAAGACCCCCCCUAAUUGCCCUAUCUAUUUUGUUCUUAUUUAUAUCUCUUCCCCUAAAUAUUAUUAUUUUUGUUCA